CAACAAUGUCCCAAUCGCUGCAGUAACGACUUCCUGCGCAGGGUGACUUUCCUGCGGAUUCGUGGACCUCCUUCAGUUCUACUAGGCCGCUCUCGCAACUUCGAGAAGGAUGUGCACCUUUAGACGUGCGCCAUUGUAGACUCUACGUCAGUCUGGGGUUACGGUGGCGCGCGCGACGGACGGUGUCAUCUACUCUGUCAUAGCUUCUCAGCCAGCGCAAUAUAAGGACAGGCGUGCAGCGAGCUUGUCACUGAACUCCCCUUGACUGACUACGCACUGACACUCACGAAAACAACCUCUAUUCACGACUCCGACCACGAUACCAUGGACCCAUCUACUUCUCUCAAGAACUUCUCUAUCGACAACGUCGCCGCAGUAGCGGCUGCGCUCGACGCUGGCAAGCUGCCCAGCCAGGCGCAGAUCAACGGCUCGAUCAACUGGCUCCUCAAGUCACCAGUCAUCCAGCUCGAGGCGCAAAGCGCCGACCUCGAGGGCAAGCUCAGCGAGUACGGCCUGCGUCUCGCAAAGGACGUCCGCGGAAUCCUCGAGGCCUACCAGGUCUUUGGGAAGAACAAGAAUGGCGACGACAUCGUGCAGGAUGCGCUAUGGAAUCUGUCGCAGGGCGAGCUCGCUGGUGGCGUAGCUGCUGAGAUUGCGAAGCAGCCGAAGGACACCCCGGCCGCCAACGAUGCCCAGAGGCUGUCCAGCGCUAUCCGCACCCUCAUCCACAUCUUCCUCGGCAACGUGCACGGCGAGGGCGGGUCGCUCUUCGCUGACCUUGCGUCGUUCCUCCGCCUCUUCCUCGCCGACCGGGCCGAGGACGUCGAGGAGCGCGCACGGGUAACCAAGGAAACGCUGAGGCAGACGGAGGACGAGGUGCAGGAGGGCAAGCGCGAUCCGCUUGGGAGGACGGGUGACGUGCGCCAGGACGACCUCGACACGCGCGCCAAGUUUGAGCGCAACAUGAACACCGCGAAGGAGGUUGGCUCGAAGACGAUCGGCGUACAUCAGUCUACCAAAGCGGCCGUGCAGCGCCACGGUGACGCGGCGACGAAUGCGCUAGUAGGUGCUUUGGAGAACGCUGUCAAGCGCGCGCAGAACGACCCGCAGUACCACGAAGCCCUCAGCACCAUCUUCGACCUCACCCGUCGGUGGUACUCGAAGACGGUCGACACCGCCAAGUCCGACUUGCUCGAGACCUUCGUCGACGACCCCACCGGCCGCAUCCCGUCCUCCAUCCGCCAGAUACGCACCUUCCUCGAGCGCCUCGCGGGCGGCAAGUCCCUCAACGACCUGCUCGCCGCCGUCCGCCGCUGCGCUAACGACAUCCACAACGACCCCGAGCUGCACAAGUUCGUCGACGACUACCUCUCGUACGUGCAGCACAGCCUGGACGACGUCGAGUUCCGCCGCAAGUGGGUGAACGACCUCAACGGCGUUAAGGCGGAGCUCAACGAGAUCGGCGACCGCAUCCGCGCGGACCAGGACGUGCGCAAGCUGGUGGAGGCCCAUGCGCGCCUUGGUCGCGACCUUGCUGAAGCGCAGACGGAUGUGACGACGUCAUCGCUGACGCAGGCAUCGUGGAUUUGGCAGGACAUCCUUAACGUCUACCUCCCCCGCGUCUUCGGCCUUCUCAAGGACAUCCCUAUCCCGCGCACCGAAUACACCAGCCCCGAAGUCGACUUCGUCCUGGAGAACCUCAACAUCGAGUCCGCGCGCAUCCUACCUGGCCACGCGCACAUCAAGACCACCGCGGAGGCCGACAUUACGCAGGAUGUGCCCGGACAGGAGGCGCGCACCUCAGCGAGCGCGCAGACCACCAUCCAGCUCCAGGGCGUCCAGCUUCACCUCAGAGAGGUCUCAUUCUACCACGAGCAGAAGGAGCACUCCGCCAUCGCCCCGAACAAGUUCACCGGCCUCGUCGACGUUACCCUCCCGCCUCGCGGCGUCGACGCCGAGAUCUCGCUCUCGAUGCUCCCCACGACCGACACCGCCGGCCGCGAGCGCCACGGCGGCUUCUUCAAGAUCGAGCGCGUCACCCUCAACCUCUCCGACGACAUGGACAUCAAACCCCACAAGACAAACCACUCCCUCCUCGUCGGCGCCUUCAAGGGCACCAUCAAGAAGCGCGUCCGCAAGGCGCUCGAGGGCGCGCUCCGCGACCAGCUCGAGUUCGCGCUCACCUUCCUCGACCGCACCGCGUACGACAUCCACAAGCGCGCGAAGGUCUUCCUCGACACGGGCCUCUCGCCCGCCGCCGCGUACGCGGGCGCGACGGUCUCCGAGAUCGGCCACCUGCGCUCGCUGCCGGGGCCGGGCCCGCUCACCGGGUGGCGCGCGACGGGCACGGGCGUCGUGAAGGACGACCCGCGGUCGGACAAGGCGUUCGCGAUGGGCGCGGAGCCGCAGAUCAUCAGCGGGGACAAGCGGGGGCCGGCGGGGACGUUCAGCGGGCCGCUCGGUGGGGAGAGGCCGCAGGACAAGAAGCCGGUGGCGGACGCGAAUGGGAAGGUGGAGGAGGUGAAGGAGGAGGGCGUAAGGAAGGCGCAGACCUUCAAGGCAAGGAAGGAGGAGAAGGAGGCGGUGGAGCGGCAGCAGGAGGGCUGGCGCAGCCAUGCGUUCGAUGCCUUGACGGCGUAAGCUGUUGGUGGAUUUCUGUAACCUCGCACGAAACCUAUCAGGACUUGUGUGCUGUGUAUCUUACUUGUUUGUACAACCCAAUGUAUCAUAGCUUGCUUCCCUGGAUGGAACUGUUUGUGUAUAUUC